GUGUGCCAUGGAGCUGCCGUGGCUGGGAGAGCACUGCUCCGAGCGCUCCUGCAAACAGCUGGAUUUCCUUCCUCUGAAAUGUGACGCAUGUGGGGAAGUGUUCUGUAAAGAUCACAUCCGUUACGAUGACCACAAGUGCAGCUCUGCCUACAAGAAAAACGUGCAGGUGCCAGUGUGUCCCCUCUGUAACACGCCUAUCCCAGUGCAGAGGGGGGAAAUCCCAGAUAUUGUGGUUGGAGCCCACAUAGAUAAGGACUGCAAAUACAACCCAGCACAGCAAAAGCAGAAGAUCUUCACAAACAAAUGCACAAAGCCAGGCUGCAAAAGGAAAGAGAUGAUGAAGGUGGUUUGUGAACAGUGUGGCAGCAGCUUCUGCAUAAAACAUCGGCAUCCUCUGGACCACGACUGCAGAGGGAGCAGCCAGCCCAUCUCCAAGGCAGGAUAUGCAGCUCUGAUGAGAGCUUCUCAUCCCACCUUCAAGUCCCCGGGAGCAAUUGGAGUGCCAUCUAAUGGGAAUCGUCAGCACAACAGGUGCAGAUAGUAGAAGCUCUUCACAUCUGGAUCAAAUCCAUAAAAUGAAGUUAACAUUUUCUAUCUCUCUCUAUAAAUUUCUAUGCAAUUAACUUAUUUUUGUAUAAUAAUUAUGUAUGCAUUCAAUAAACUGCUACCCUUUCCAAGCCAA